AUGAUUUCGGUAGGUAUUUUCAGCAAAACUCGUCUAAGUGAGCACUUAAAAUCGACAAAAGUUGAUGCGAAGGGAGCGGUCUACUUGACAACUGAAAAUGGAACAUUUCCCAUAUCACUGACAUCCUUAGACCCCGACAGCUCGACGGUAGAUUUUCCAAAGAUUUUCUCAGCAACAGUUGAAAAUCGUGAAAACGAAAGUGCACUUUGGCAUGAAUCACAAGACGAUAUGUUACUCACUUACUUUAAUACCACGUUCAAUGAACUGAACAAAACCGAAUACGAUGCAAAGGUGAACCAGAAACGUAGCAUCAAUGAUGCGGUAUCGAAAAAUAUUACAGUGGUUUUAGAAAACUUAUUGAAGAAUUAUGAGAAGUCACAGCUCCCGACACACGGGAAAGGUUACCCUACAGUGGUCCAAACUAAUAUUCUCAUACGCAGUAUGGGUCCGGUGUCUGAACUAGACAUGGAUUAUUCAAUGGACUGUUAUUUCCGUCAAUACUGGCGGGACACGCGCCUGUCGUUCCUCGGCCCAAUACGAUCAUUGUCACUAUCUAUCAAAAUGCUGGAGAGGAUCUGGCGACCCGACACGUACUUCUAUAAUGGAAAGCAUUCUUACGUUCACACAAUAACUGUACCUAAUAAGUUGCUGCGAAUUAGCCAACACGGAGACAUAUUAUAUUCUAUGAGAUUGACUAUUAAGGCCAAAUGUCCAAUGGAACUUCGAAAUUUCCCAAUGGAUCGUCAGUCAUGUCCGCUGAUACUUGGAAGCUACGCAUACUCGAACCAGCAGUUGGUCUACCAAUGGCAGAAUUCCGAAAGCGUAAACUUUGUCCCAGGCAUGACUUUGUCUCAGUUCGAUCUCAUCAGCUUUCCAUACAGGAACUUUACAUUUACAAGACGAGAAGGUGAUUUCUCGGUUCUACAAGUAUCAUUUAAUCUUCAGCGGCACACGGGAUAUUUUCUAAUCCAAGUGUACGUGCCCUGCAUACUGAUUGUUGUUCUGUCUUGGGUGUCGUUUUGGAUACAUCGAGAGGCUACGUCGGACCGUGUGGGCUUAGGCAUCACGACGGUGUUGACACUGUCCACAAUAAGCCUAGACUCGAGGACCGAUCUCCCGAAAGUCCGUUACGCAACUGCCCUCGAUUGGUUCUUAUUGAUGAGCUUCUUCUAUUGUAUCGCAACCUUGCUCGAGUUUGCGGGAGUACAUUAUUUCACUAAGGUAGGAUCAGGUGAAAUAGUAAUUGAUGAUUCUGAGUGGGAAGAAUUAAUUGAGGAAGUCGGAGGUGACGCGUAUGCAGCUCGACAGCUUGCUGCCAGAAGAAGAAGUUCGGUUAGAUCUGCAAAUAAUUAUAGUCCCUCAUUACCAGCCCAAAUUAAUAGUUCUGCGGAUAGCAAUCUUCCUCAGGUUCAAGAAGAACAUCCAUGCGUCCGUCUCACCAUGGAACGGACCACUCAGACUGAGAACAGGGUUCCGCGAUGGCGUCAGCUGUUGUACUGCCUCGCGGGUGAUGACCAGUAUAGACGUCAAAGGCAGCGAGAAGCUGGGAACCGCGGUCACAUAAACAGCGUAUCUCACAUUGACAAAGCCGCUCGCGUGUUAUUCCCGGCAUCAUUUGCUUUACUUAAUUUAUUCUAUUGGAUGAUAUAUGCCUUCACCGACGAUGACUUCGCUUGGAGUGAUAACCCUAUUAAUAGAGUGUAA